GCCCCGCCCCCUCCGCCGGGCCUCCAGGAGACGCUCCCGGGCGCGAGCCGCGCGGUCGGCCGUUUGGGGUAGUGCUGGGGCCCGAUGGAGGCGGCCGUGGCGCUCACCGGGGAUGCGCGCGGGCGCGCGGCGAGUCAGCCCGGCGACGGUGGAGAGAAGACCCCACCGGAGAGGAAAGUUUACAUGGACUAUAACGCAACCACCCCGCUUGAGCCAGAGGUUAUCCAGGUCAUGACCGAGGCCAUGAGAGAAGCCUGGGGGAAUCCCAGCAGUCCUUACCCCACAGGUAAGAAGGCCAAGGACAUUAUUGACACAGCUCGGGACAACCUUGCGAAGAUGAUAGGUGGGAAACCCCAGGACAUAAUCUUCACUUCCGGGGGCACUGAGUCCAACAACUUAGUAAUCCAUUCCGUGGUGCAGCACUUCCAGCACACCCGCAGCGCAGAGGGGGACGGGGCCGUGCCCCACCUCGUCACCUGCACCGUGGAACACGACUCCAUCCGCCUGCCCCUGGAGCACCUGGCGAAAGAGCAGGUGGCCGCGGUCACCUUUGUGCCGGUGUCCAAGGUGAGCGGGCAGGUGGAGGUUGAGGACAUCCUGGCCGCCGUCCGCCCGGCCACGUGCCUCGUGACGGUCAUGCUGGCCAAUAACGAGACUGGCGUCAUCAUGCCCAUUGCUGAAAUCAGUCAGCGAAUCAAAGCCCUGAACCGGAAGCGGACAGCUUCCGGACUGCCUGUCAUUCUGGUGCACACGGACGCCGCGCAGGCCUUGGGGAAACGGCGCGUGGACGUGGAGGUUCUGGGCGUGGACUUCCUGACCAUCGUGGGGCACAAGUUCUAUGGUCCCAGGAUUGGAGCACUUUACGUCCGCGGACUCGGUGAACUUACCCCUCUGUACCCUAUGCUGUUUGGAGGUGGACAGGAACGGAAUUUCAGGCCAGGGACAGAGAACACCCCAAUGAUUGCCGGCCUUGGGAAGGCUGCGGAGCUGGUGACCAAGAACUGGGAGGCUUACGAGGCCCACAUGAGAGACGUUCGCGACUACCUGGAGGAGAGGCUGCUGGCUGAAUUUGACAAGCAGAGAAUCCAUCUGAACAGCCGCUUUCCAGGGACUGAGCGACUUCCCAACACCUGCAACUUUUCCAUCCGGGGACCCCAGCUCCAAGGCCGUGUGCUGUUGGCACAGUGCAGGACGCUGCUGGCCAGUGUGGGGGCCGCCUGCCACUCGGACCAGGUAGAUCGGCCAUCCCCAGUGUUGCUGAGCUGCGGCAUCCCCUUCGACGUGGCCAGGAACGCGCUCCGGCUCAGCGUGGGCCGCAGCACCACCAGGGCCGAGGUGGACCUCGUCGUGCAGGACCUGAAGCAGGCCGUGGCCCGGCUGGAGGGCCCGCCUGGCGCCAGGGGCGCCUCAUAGGAAGCCCUUUGUGGGCACAAUGCAGACGGCUCCCAUCUUAAUCCGUGCAAGUCUUCACUUUGUCCCGGAGAGUCUGACACAGCGACUGGACUGUGCGUGCGUGUGUGUGCGUGUGCGCGUGUGUGUGCACCUGCAUGCGUGCGCGUGAGGCCUUCAGGCCUCCUCCCCUGUCCUCGGGUCAGGCAGACGCCACAGGUGCUCACAGGCCCAGGACACAGAUGCCUGUGCGGGACUGUCACCGUCACUGCUGCCCAGUGGCCUCGAUUGAGGUGGAGACGUUUCGGCCACGUGCUCCCCCGUGGGAAGUGGGGUGAGCCGUUUUUAUCCAGAAGACAGAUCCUAGUAUCUACAAGCGAUUGUCGGUCGUAUCAUGAGAAUAGGCAACCUGAUUUUUGCUGCAGUCACGGCCUCCCCUACGUGUUUACACAGCAAUCGUCUGUGUGCCCUCCCCUCGUGCCCAGGGCCCUCUGCAAGCCCUUGCUCGACAGGUGGGGGCCCCCCGAAAGUCAGGCCCCACUCCCUGCUCCGCGUCCUCCUGCUUCCCCAUCCCGCCUGUCCCUCAGCCCUCCGGCCACUGCGCCCCUCCCUGCACCUCCCCCCCACACCUCCCUGCACACAGCCCUCAGGCCCCGCAGUCUUUUCCUUUUGGUCAAUUACUCAGGGCUUCAGCUCGGACAUGGGCACGACUGGGCUUGGGGUCAUUCCUGAGCAGUGAGAGUCAGUCUGGCCCUGGCUCCGCCCGCAUCAUAAUCUCAUCCACGGAAGGAUUCUUUUAUUGUCACAAGUGCUCUGUGGCGUCCUGGUACGCCUCAGCGCUCAGGCUCCUGGAGACACUUAACACAAGAGUGAUUUUUUAAUUGAAUAAACGCUUGUCACGUGUGGCUUUAAGGUGUAAAGAGCUACGUGAUGACAUUGAGGCCACAGUUGUCAGAAAUUAGGUGAACUAAUAAAAUAUUUCAGUGCAUGUGUGA